UUUAUUAUUAUUAUUAUUAUUAUUAUUAUUAUUAUUAUUAUUAUUAUUAUUAUUAUUAUUAUUAUUAUUAUUAUUAAUUUUGUGCUGUCGCUCUUUCUUCUUAUCGCUGGUUUUGUGUUUCUUCAAAUUUCCAUCUGGAAUCUGGUCUUAUAUACAAAAUAAGAGAUAUACAGAAUCUGUAUUAUUGCUAUUCUUCUUUCUUCUUAGCGCUGGAACUACCUUAUGAUCUUGAUUUGGUUCUCUAGUUUGAUCAGUGUUAAAAUCUGGACACCCACUUUGAUUAGUGCACAUGAAAUUGAAUUGAUGCAUCAGAUUUGGUUCUUUAGUUUCUGUGAAUGUGAAUUUGCUUCUGUUUCUGUGAAUCUGAUUUUGGUUCAAUAUGUUCAAUUUUGUGAUAAGCUGCCCAUACUAUGUUCAGUUAUGAUAACUGCAAUGUUGUUGAUGCUUAUAUGAUACGUUGAGUGUAAUCUAGGAAGUCAUUCUUCAGCUCAACUUGUUCUUCACAGCAACAACAAUCAAUGCAAUCGAAAAUAAAUUCUUUCUUCAGACCUUCUUCUUCUUCCACAUCACGAAGCCAAGCCCUAAAUCCACCUCUUCCCCUUUCGGAUAACUUGUCCGAUGAUGAAGACUUCACCAGAGAACCCGAAAUUCCCAUUAUAUACACUCGACGAGCUCCAAACACAGAUGGAGCUAAUGAUGAUCUUUUCAAAGAAAAUGAUCCAAACAAACUUAAUUUUGGACAACAGUUAGUUUCAACAAAUUCCAAAAAAGUUUUAAACAAGAAAAGGAAGUAUGCACAGUUUCAUUUGGAUCUAGGUCAAUCCGAUUUUCUAUUACACACUUGUAAAACUUGUGGAUUCAAGUUUGCUCCAGGAGAUGAAGAAGAUACAAAGGUUCACAAAGAAUUUCACAAAAGCUGCACUCAUGGUAUUCAAUUCAAGGGUUGGCGUAAUGAAAGAGCUAUAGAUACACACUCAUUAGAACAUGGACGUAUUAUUUUGGUCCUUAAUGAUGAUCCUCCUGCUCAUAUAAAAAAGGUUGAGGAGGUUAUAAAGAUGAUGGAGAUGGAGCUUGGUGAUGGAUGGAUCUUCCAUAAACACUGUAAGGUUUAUCUUUAUAUCUCCUCCCAACGGGUUGCUGGAUGUCUAGUUGCAGAGCCAAUAAACAAAGCGUAUCCAUUAGUUUCAAACUCAGACCAAAACCAUGACGUCACCACCACUCUAAAAAAGGUCAAAAAGUCAACUCCAGCCACUCUACAAUUCGGUAGCAUUAGUUUCCAAAGAGAAAUCAUAAAAAAAGAUAAAAAUCAAAGAAAUUCAAAUGACACUCUUCUUGGAGCCAUCAUUUGUGAAAAAGACUCAAUCCCUGCUGUUUGUGGAAUCCGUGCAAUUUGGGUCACACCCUCCAACAGAAGAAAACACAUUGCCACUCAUUUACUCGAAGCCACAAGGAAAAGUUUUAGUUCGGAUGUGAUUCUAGAACAUUCUGAUUUAGCAUUCUCUCAGCCAACAAAUGUGGGGAAGUUAUUAGCAUCAAGUUACACCAACACUAAAUCUUUUUUGGUUUACACAACAACUUCAUAGUAAGCCAAUAAAUCUUGAAUUCUCUUCAUUAUUUCAAGAAACACAUUUUUGAGACAAAUUUUAUUUAUGGUAUGAUGUUUAUGUCAAGAAAACAUUGUGAAUUAUUAGACAUAUGCAUCAGGGUUUUUGAGGAGGUAAGCUUCCACAACCUUGUAAAGCCCUAAAACCUUUUCUUUGCCUGCAUUUAGUUCUUCUUCCUUGAGCUCAAAAUCACCAUGGGUGUAAAUAGUUGUGGUCAUUUUUGCAAUGGUGCCAUUAUCAGAUGAAUCCUCAAACUUAAUAUCAUACGACACCUUUUCAAUCU